AAAAAAAACCAAAAAACAAAAAAAUCUGAAAAAGGAGGGUCAGUGAGAGAGAGGCACAAAGGAAGCAGCUUGUCAGUUUAGGGUUUUUUUUUUAAUAACCCUUGCUGAAAGUGCAAUCAUUCAUCUCAUCAGACCCUUAAACGAAUCAAUUUCAGUUUAAUUCUCUCCCUCGAGAGAUAAGGUCCUAACAAAUCUACCCCUCUCUGGAGGGUCGAUGCUACAAAAUGAUGUUAAGGAUCGAUUCUUUAAUGGGUUUUUCUUGUAGGACUGUAUAGAGAUUUUUUUAAACUAAUAAUUGGCGAGUGAUUCUGAGAAUAGAAGAUGCUUUAACAGAGACUUCCGUUUGACUUUGGUGGGGGGUGUUGUAGUUGGACUUAAGAGCCAGAAGCGCAAGAUAGAAGUGUUUAAAGUUGCACACUUGUUGGUUGGAUUGAAUAGUUUGUGAAAAAAUGGAAGAAGUGGCAGUUUUUGGUCUUGGAGGUUCUGUGAAUUUGUUCAGAGAAGAAGAUGAAGAAGAGUUUAGGAGCUGCUGUGAAGACGAGGAGGUAUGGAAGGAUAUUGAAGAACCGCAUAAAGAAGAAGAAUCAAACAAUGAGCUUGAUGAAUUUGCGGUGAAGAUGUUCUUCAAAGGAAAGUCAAUAGAUGGCUUUGGGAACUCAAAUUCUGGGAUUUCAGGAAUUGGGGUGUUUAUGGAAAGAUCAUCCACUAUUCCUGUGAUUAAGAUCCAAAAAAAACUUGACUUUCAUGUGGAGGAUUCUGUUGCUGACUAUUUAGCUCUGCUGGAUGGUCUAAUGGAAGCUCUUCAGAAUAAUAUCCGCCAGGUGUAUGCUUUCACAGACUCUGAGCUUCUAUAUGAUCAGAUAACAAAUGAUAAAGAACCUGACAUUCCAAUUCUUGUUGCACUAAGGGAACGGAUCCUAGAACAUGCCAUUAAGCUUGAAGCUUUUGUUCUGAAAUGUGUUCCUAGUGCUGAUGUUGAGCGACCAUUAAAACUAGCUCAAGUGGCAAUGGGGGUUGUCUCUUUUCCUGCAAAGGGAGAUAUAUUUCUUGAAAACUGCUCAAUAUGUUGUGAUGACAAACCUUGUUUUACAAUGAUCUCUCUAAAAUGCUCUCAUAAAUUUUGUUCUCAUUGCAUGAGGACUUAUGCUGAUGGAAAGGUACAGUCCUCUCAAGUUCCCAUCAGAUGUCCUCAGUUGAGAUGCAAAUAUUAUAUCUCCAGUGCUGAGUGCAAAUCAUUCCUUACCUCCACUUCUUAUGAGUCUUUUGAGAAAGCUCUUGAAGAAUCAAAUGUUAACCACUCAGAUAGAAUUUACUGCCCAUUUCCAAACUGCUCUGUCCUUCUCGAUCCCCAUGAAUGCUUAUCAGCUAGAGCAAGUUCAUCAAGUCAGUCAGAUAAUAGCUGCAUUGAGUGUCCAGUUUGUCAGAGAUUCGUUUGUGUGGAUUGUGGGGUUCCUUGGCAUUCAUCAUUGAGUUGUGAAGAGUUCCAAAACCUUCCAUGGGAAGAGAGAGAUUCUGCAGAUAUUACAUUAUUUCGCCUUGCACAAAAUAAAAGAUGGAGGCGUUGCCAGCAGUGCCGUAUGAUGAUUGAGCUCACUCAAGGCUGUUAUCACAUGACCUGUUGGUGUGGACAUGAAUUCUGUUAUUCUUGUGGUGCUGAAUAUCGGGAGAGUCAACAGACUUGUCAAUGUGCAUUUUGGGAUGAAGACAAUUCUGAGGAUCUAGGUAAUCGGUCUCUUCAAGAAUCAGAGCAAUGGGCAUGGGAAACCUUUAAUUCGCUCCCAAUGGUCUCAGAUGCUUACUCUGAGCAAGAGAGAUCUCAGCUAGCGUUAAUCCAGAGGUUCCUUGCCGGUGGUUUCAGCCUCAGCGAUCAUCACCCUUACCAAUCCCCACCUCGAUGUACAGAUGCCUAUGUAGAUGCCAUGAAGGAUCUCCAUCAGCUGCCAUGGCUGGAGAGGUUCGUAUCUGUGAUUAGCGACAACUACUAUGAAGAUUAUAUUCAAUGAACGUAGUAAAUCACCAUUCUGAUAAAUAUAAAAUAAGAUGCUUAGCUCCCCAAUUUUAUUUAGUUCAAUGGAGGCAAAGAGUUUCUCGCUCUAUUACUCCAUUUCCAAUCAUACAAACCUGUCAAAUGAUGUUUUUAUAUCCCUUUUCAUGUAGUUUUACAUCCUUUUUAUGCUGGCCGGUAUGAUCAUCUCUACAUAAACCAUGACACAAGUACUAUGCUUGAUAAUGAUAAUUGUUCUCUCAUUGAAAGCAAAAAAGGGGAAAAAGAAAAGAGAUGGGAGAACAUUGAUUAUGUUGUAAAUUUAAAAAAAGUGAAGCAAAAUGAAACCUCCCUUUCUAUCUCUUUA